CAGGGGUUUUGCUUCAAGUGUUCUUGCCAACUAAGCACGGGGUUUUUGCUUGCAGCAUCUUCCCUACUCUCCGACGACCACCACCAGCGUCGUCUAGAGCGGGUGCGGGACCAUGGGAGACGGUGUCCCGAAGGGCACAGUAACAGCCCUUUCUUCCAUCUUCCCUGUAGAAGAAUCCCAAAAGGCCGCGAAGCGCGUUGAAGACGCCAUAUCCGAGCGGCAGAAACAGGUGGGCCACCUCCAACGCUUCAUCACCGACAACACUAACCUUAUCAAUCUCGUCCAGAAGCUUCCCGACGAUCUCUCCCAUCCCAUCAUGGUCCCGUUUGGCAAAGCAGCGUUCUUCCCCGGCCGUUUGAUCCACACCAACGAGUUUCUGGUUUUACUAGGAGAUGGGUACUAUGCCGAAAGAACAUCAAAGCAAACUACAGAGAUCCUACAAAGAAGGGGAAAGGCUUUGGAAUCUCAAAUUGAGUCCCUAAAAGCUAUGAUGCAGGACCUUCAAGCUGAGGCAUCGUUUUUCAAUGCUACAGCUGCUGAAGCUGCUGAAGGUCUUGUAGAAAUAAGGGAGGAGUAUAUUGAAGAGCAUCCAGCCGAAAGGAAGAAUCAGGCAGGUUUGCCAAAGCCAAAUUCUAUAGAUUCUUCUGAACCAGAUGGUGCGAAAGUGAUUGCAGAAGACGAAGAGUAUGCUCGAAUUAUGUCUAGGUUUGAUGAGCUCGAAAGGGAAGAACAAGAAGCUUCCAGGAGUGAUGAAGAUGAGGAUGCAGAAUUUGACACUGGGUUCUGUGAGAAUCAGCUGAAUGACUCAAUAGAGAAAUUAAUGAACCAACAAUUAUCUACAACUACUAAAAAGCCUUUGAGCGGAAAUGACUCUGGACCAGAUCAAUCCGUGCACACUUCUAUAAACAAACCCAAGGCAUUUCAGGUUGAGGAUUUGAAGGGGCAUUUUGUGGCCAAAGAUGAAUCUAGGCCUGGCAAAACUUCAGCAUCUAAUAUGGAGAAGUUUGGUACUACAGAGAAGCCUAUUGUUCUUCCUCGAUCUGAGGAGAAGGUUUGUGCAAUUCCUGCACCAAAAAUCAAGGAUCCUGGUGAUAAUGUCAUGGGCCAAACAUCCAAAUCAAGUGCUGAUCGUCGAAAGGCAUGUCUAGGCUCGAUCGUUGAGCACAGCCAUGGGAUCCCAUCUAACCCGCCAAGCAAUAGUCUGCCUUCAUCAUCCCAGAAGGAACCAAGUUCGAAACCUUCAAAACCAGUCUCCAGAUUCAAGAUGCAGAAAGGAAAUCGCUGAUCCGGGACCUGGUCCAGAUUCUUCAAGGCCACCCUCCGUAAUCAAGAUGCAAAAAGGAAACCACGGAUACAAAACCCGUAUCUCUCUCUACUAUCAAGAUUCAUGACAUUUUCCCAUCGAGUCAAAAAAAAAAGGUAGAUGUUUCAGGUUUAUAGGGAGGUGUUGAUUUUAUUUUAUUUUUUGUAUCUAAAUGUUUAGAGUGUUGUUUUGGAUUUUUAUUUUUAUUUUUUAAAAUCAUUUAUAGAU